AAGGCUAAUGCUGUGGAGGAAUUCACCCCUAAUAGUCAAGUACAACCAUCAGAAGAGGCUCAGUUCUCCUCGAUACUUGACCACAGACCAUCCACACAAGGUGAUGGAUCCCAGGAAUACAUACUGCAAUGCACAGAUGGGGAGCGUACCUGGGCGCAUGGAUCCGACAUCACAAAUGCUGAUGUUCUUACACGAUACCAACAGCGUACCAGACGCAAGCGAGUGCAAUACAGACCGACGAAGUUAGCCGCAACGAGCAUUGAUGAACGAUCGGCGAGCAACAAGAAGCGCACGUGGCGGGGAACUAAAGCAAGUUUCACUGACACCGAAGGACACUCCCACUGUUCUCACCUUGAAGCAUGCUCGGCCCACAAGUCAGAGGGAUAA